AUUUAGCAAUUAGUUUUUACCAAUAGUUCCGGUUAUUGGUUCUGUUGACCUUGAUUCAAGAUUGGUCUACUUGAAUCAUGGAAGGGGCUGCGCGACCAAAGCAAGAUAUGCCCCCGAAAGGGGGAUAUGGACCAAUAGAUUACAGUAGAAAAUUAUUCAAACGAAUACCAGGAAAAUACAUUCUUGCUGGUUUUCUUGGAGUCACGGGAUAUAACUGGUGGUUGAUAUGUGAGACAAAAAGAUAUAACAAAAUGCUUCAGUUAGAGAAUACAGAGGCUAAUGUUGCAUUGGAACCAUUGAUGUUAGCAGAGAAGGACAGACUAACUUUAAAGUUGUUCCGACAGAACUGUGAAUUGGAGGAGGAGCUUAUGCAGAAUAAACCAGACUGGAAAGUGGGCACGCUUUAUGGAGAACCAGUUUUUCACGAUGUACGAAAACAAGGACUUAUGCCAAAAGGAUAUGAACUUUAUGCACAUGCAAAUAUGAUAUCUGGAAAAGAGAUUGAUAGAAAAUAUUUUGUCAAAGCCCAGGGAGCAUACUUUGAACAGCUAACCAGGAAAAAUCCUGAACCUCCAGAGUAAAAAUAAAACAUGGUUUAAUUAUAAGACUUAGUGGGGAAAAAAUAGUGUAACAAUUUUUAUUUCAAAUUUGUGUAUUAAAAUUUUACUACAUCUGUAA